AUGAUUGCAUGUGCAGUUGAGAAUUCAGCUCCACCAACAGUUUGUACAUAUUGCACUGAUCAAUAUAUUAUAGUGAAGCAACUGGAAUAUGAGCUGAAAAAUUUGCAAAAUGUUACGUCUUUGGAUAAUUCUUCUUGCACUCAUGUUAUAUACAACAAUUAUGUUGUAUCUUAUGUUUCGGACAUAUCCGAUCUUAUAACACAGCGAUUUUGGAUGGAUUCUCGUUGCGAAUCUUGUGUAACUAUUCAGUGGAAUUUCACAGCGCAGUCCGAUUAUUAUUUUAAAGAUAAUGCAAUUGAAUUCCAAAACAAAUUAUUUAAUUGGAGUGAUUGUGUAAAAUCUAAUUUUGUUCAAGCAGAAGAAAAUUCGACUGUUUGCGACAAAUGUGUUAAACCAUUUAAUAAACUUUUCCAGUUUUAUUGGGAUGUUUAUGCUGGUUCUGAUUCAACUUUCUGUUUGGAUAUCGAAACUACGAUGAAUGACACAAUGAAUCUCUGGCAUAAUGUUUGGGGUUGUUCAAGCAAAAGCGGAAAAGUUGUUGAAUACGAUUUUUAUAAUGCGAUCAUUAUUCCUACUUGUCUUGUUCUUCUCACUGCUGUUUUUUAUAUAGGAAGCUACAAUCAAAGCGAUCAGAAACUUCGAAGACUUGUGCAAUAUUCUCGAUUGGAGGAACCAAAUAGUAGAAGGUCUCGAAUUCUUAGCCCAUCUUUUCGAGAUGAUAACAGUCCUUCGAAUUCAAUAAAUGAAAUUGAACCUUUCAUUAACAGUUAA